AUGCCGACAUACUCGGGCUCGUGCUUUUGUCACAAUAUCGAAUACGAGCUACAGUUAGACUCCCCAGACGAUGCCCGGACCUCCCUUUGUCAUUGUCGCAACUGUAAAAAAGCAUUCGGAACAAAUUACGGGCUUACAGCCAAAGUUCCUAAAGAUGCAUUCCACCUUAUCGCAGGAAAGCCCAAGGAACAUGCGGCAGACAACGGCUCUGGUGCUGUGAUAUAUCGUGAGUUUUGCGAAAAUUGUGGCAGCUUCAUAUUGGAAUAUGGGGAGACUGCCAAGGAUCAAUUCCGUUACAUCUGCGUAGGGUCUCUAGAUGACCCCGAAGCAUUGCCUCCAAAGGGCGAGUUCUUCUGCAAAUCCCGAGCGAGCUGGAUGCCAGAGAUACCAAAUAUCUUUCACAAAGAAGAAGUCAAGCAGUAG